AUGCUUGAGGCUAGUAAAGUAUCUACUGGUGGUUAUAGUGAUAAAGCUAUAGAUGAGGUAUUAACGGCGGAUUGUUCAACCCUUGAUGAGCUUGAGGAUUUUAUUGACCGAUCUUUUCAAAAUGCGAAUAUUCUGAUGCAAAAUAAUAAUACCAAUAUUUCCUCUGCCCAAUCUAUUGACAGCUCUACCCCAGUUCGGACGCAAGAUGAGGCUGAGUUGGGCAUUACAGUGAAACAAUUUCACAUGUUCAAGGAUAAGAUUGAGUCCGAUAUUGUAGUUUUGAUAAAUAAUCUUUCAGAACAGACUCAAAUUAUAAAUAAAAGUAAACAGGAUAUAUGCAAAUUAUCUGAUGAAAAUUUGAAUUUGAAGUCACGGUUGGCUGAAUUAGAAGUUAAAGUACUCUCUGAGGAUCUAUCGAAUAAUACAAUCGGCUUCAAAGAAAGCAUUGAUGAUGUUGUCAUUAAUGAGGUUAACCUUCCUAGUAGCAGUGCCACCAGCAUUCCCGCUUUAGAUUCCAUUUCCAAAAUUGCCUCCCCCAAUGAAGUUAACCAUGCUCAAAAUAUUUUGGAAUCAGAGCCUACACCUAUAUCGAGACCUGCCAACCAAGUUGAUGCCGCAUCACAGGUUUGUCUAGACAUUAUAAGUGAUAAUUCCAACUAUUUGUCGAACUGUCGCUGUUCGUGUGGCGUUCUAGCUGCUGAUGUUGAGGAAGUUAAAUUAGAUAUUACUACUCUAUCUAACAGAAUCGAUUCGAUUGCAAAUGCUAAUACCGAAUAUUCUCAUAAAGAUAAAGAAAUUGAUCGUCUUCGGAGUGAACUUUCAAUUGAGAAGGCGAGAUCUGAAAAGCUUGAAUCUGAGUUGAGUUUAUUUGUGAAAGAACGAUCCCUUGAAAUUGAAAAGUUGAAUCUGACCAUUGUUUCCCUAGAGAAUAAAAAUGCAUCUACAUUUGCUGCUCCGAUGAACAAUAACAAUAGUAAGAUUAAUAAAAACACUCUUAUGAACAAAAACAACAGAAAUGGUCACCGAAACAAUGGUCAUCAUAACAACAAUGAGUUAAAUCAAUGCAAAUCUCAAAACGUCAGUUUACAACCUUUCAUCCCUGCUCCUGUAAAUAAUAGGGACAUUGAAAGUGUGCCGUUUCACGAUACUAAUAGGGACUUACAAAACAAGGCACUACAAAUCAAUCAAAUUGCAAAUAUGCCCGAAAAGCAACCUAUAUUGGAUUGGAUUGGUUCUUUACCGUUAAUAGAUAUACCCAUCCAAGCGAAAAAUAACCAAUAUAUUAAUGGAAAUACCUCGAACAAGCCUCCUUUUCCCAAGCGCCAUCGAAUGAAACCACCACCCUAUCGAACGGGCCAUCGCCACCAAUCCCUCGAAUGGCUGAGCCAUUUGGACUUUGUACACCAACUGUGCAAGAGGUAG